AGUGUCAGUCUCUUACUAUUUUCUACUAGGGGUUGUAGAGUAUACGGCGUUUAAGUACAGUGAAUGCGAAGUACCAGGACCAGACGAUCUCGUUUUGCUGGCAAUAGCUAGUCGUAGUGUUGGAGUCGCAGGCUUUCGUCCUGGCGCAGUAACCUUCAAUCGCACCCAGAUGGCAGCCUCUCCAUGCAAUCGGCGCGGCAACGGCAACACCAUGGGUGCCGCGGGUCGCCGCGCGCUCUUUUUGAUACAGGUGCUUCUGGCGACAGUCUGGGUCGGGGAGGCUGCGCCGAAAGUAAAACUCUAUGUUUCAGCACCGUUCUACGAAAAGCAAAACUGUAGCACUUCAUCCGCACACCACGCUUGGCAGCUAUCUGCCCUGCACGUACUAGAAGUGAAAGUAGCUGAAUGCAUUAUCCUGCUUGCGGGCACAUCGAGCAUGCUGCUGGUGACUAGUCUGUCGUACUAAAGUCCCUCCUUGGAGGCCGGAUUGAAUAGCGUGUUUUCUUGUAUAUUGUACGUUUUGCAUGAAGAGGCGGAAAGAGCGCACGCAAUUGCAAUUUGUCUACGUAAAAUAGAUUCUUGCUGCACCGGCAACAUGUUUUUUGGACCGCCAAAUGGAUGCCUGAUCUAUCAGAUUGGUAAGAAGCGCAUUAAGGGCAGAUAUUUAAAGUACCAGUAAUGCAUGAACUCUCGGUCCAGAAUAUGCUCCCAGCACGUGGUGCGUAUACAAUGGUGUGCUUUUCUGCUGCAUAUCGUCGGGAUGGCCGAGUUCGAGUUUGAGGACAAGAUGCAGAAAGUCAAAGACUGGAUCUUCCAGUUGCAUCCCAACGGACCGAAAAAGGGCCGACGGUACGAUGUUUGUUAUUCCGGUCAUUAUAUGCAUCAGUUUCGAAUCAGCCGUUGCUGCAGGAUCAUUUCAUCUACUCGCUUGAGUCCCUCAUCGUGAAGAUUGCCACGAGCACAAACUCACAGUCGCACCACCACUGCGCUGAUAAUUCUUCAUAAAGCUGGCUUUGAAUGGAAACUUCUGUCCAUCGUCGACAGGUUUGCAUCGCUCAAAAGUUGUCCCUGGAAUCACCUUCGGCCCAGUUUCUUUUGGUCCCGGUUCGAGCGAAAAUAUUGUACCUAAGUAGGCAAUCAAGAUUUUUAUACUCAAUCAUAAUACGCAGGUACAUGAUCAAAGGAAAAGACUUUCUUGCUGUUGAGAGCACAACUGCACGUCCAGGAAGUUCUGACCUCACGAUGACCAUACGGGAUAACCUGACGAGCCGCGGCCCGGACCUCAUUGCCUUCGCAGAGAUAUCAGAGAAAAAAAAGCUAGCACAUCGAGUUUGCAUUUUCGUAGGUGGAUGUUGCGAUAUCUGUUUCGUAAAUUGUGUGGAUGCAUGAUGUGCGUCUUCGUCAGCUUACAUACUCGCCCACUGCAGCUGCAGGAGCUUCUCUGCAAGCGCGAUUCCCUCAAGAUACGUGUAGCAGCUUUUGCCCUCUGAUCAUGCAUAAUGAGCGAAAUACACAUAGAUGACAUUAAAUCUUUACUGAUGUGCUUCGUGCACAAAUGCCUGAGGUGCUACAACGCUUUGAGAAUUUUAUACACAAGUCAAGCGGAAAAAGGACGGGCCAUCCCGAUCAUGAAUUCCCACGAUGACCAUAUUGCUGCGGGAAAUUCUGACUGCGAGACGAAAUCCAAUGUUGCACUGGGCUCGGGAUCGACGAUUGCAACAUGAAGGCACCCAGAGCACGGGGUCUCAGUUUGCGGCUGUAGGCGCCCGGUUCUGCAAAACAGGAAUGAGCGGAAGCUUGAUAGGUGAGCCGGUGCCACGAAGUGCGCUGCCUCCUGCUGUUUUCGGAAGUUCGAAAAAGAUGUAAGUCGUACCAUUCCAUGCCACCUGAUACUGAUGGGGCAGCCACCGCAAGUGCAACUUGAAGCGUAAUGCAAAAUCAUGUGUUUAUGCUGACGGAGGUUAUGAUGUGAAUCCGUUUUCGGCUAUUAUUUAUGAACAGAACUGUGCAGGAAUGUGGCAGCUGCAGUUCACGUGGAAAAUAAGUUCGCUGUAACAUCUGUAAAUCCGAACAUUGUCAGAGCUUUCUCAACUUUAUAAGACGAUGAAAAGCGUUUUUUCGUCGUCCCCAUCUCUCCCAAUGGCAUGUACUAAGUAAGGAAAAUAAAGGAUGCGAGCGCCAUCGCGUUGGGAAAGUGAGUCAGCCUGCAUCACACUCACUGACGCUCUUCUACUGCGUCAGAUUGAUAUCGCACUGAGAUGAUGAUCGUGAAUGAUGUGCAGCAAGAGCAGAAACUUUGGAACAGGUCCGGUUUUGCUACGCACUUUCUGUUUCUCAAGAAAAAGUAAUCGAACACUUGCACUGCUUGCUUCCCGUCGUAGUAAUCGAGAUCUCAACGAAAGUGUUAUAUUCAUUUACCUGAGCUCACAAUUACUGGUCCUGACGUUCUGCAAGAGAACG